UCCGUUCGGAUCGUGCGAGCCUGAGUUCGAUCUUUUUUACUUUUGUACUCGGAAUACCUUUGGUCCUCCUCGUCCUCGCCCAUGAACACAGUCGUACACAGAUGACAUUUGAUGGGGUUCCGAAUUAUAUUAUGAACACAGCACGGAGACGAGACGAGGACGAUGAGUGAUGGGCCUAUAUCAUGAGUUCGCCGGAGCAGGAGAGGGCCUCGCUUACUUGAGCUCCGCAGCGGCCUUUAUGUCAACUAGAGUCCACAAGUCCCUGCAUGGGCAGCCACGAGCCUUCCUUCACCUCCUCAGCUGUAUGUGUUGAAUGUAUGAUCUGAUCGCAGAUUCUCACGCAGAACGGACCGCUCGUUGGAAUGUGGCUUCGUGCGCAGAUGUCAACAUGUUCCACAGCCCUGAAUGGAGUACAAAAGCCCAGCCACGUACAGUGUAACACGGAAGCUCAUUCAACAGCAUUAUGAUGUUCGGGCACCUUUUGUCGAGGGUCUGAGGGGUCUGAGCAUGACGAUCCCUCCCUUUAGUGCAGUAAACUCCCGUGGAUGUUCGCUUGCUUGCUUUUCUGCUUCCCUGACAUCCCGAGGACCAGCAGCGGAUGCUCCCUCGAAAGGUCAUCGAAAGGUCCUGCAACGACAUCUCAUUUGUUAUGAACUACAGUACAGUCCAUGGGCUGGGCCUUCCUUGGGCAAGAAAGGAGAUGGUGGGCAAGAGCUAAGGGGUGUACCUGACCACCACCGAAAAGUCAUCGACCAUUCACCUCGUCGACCAUUCUCAACUUUCCAGAGACUAAAGCUCUGACUUAUGACGGGUAGGGCCACCAUAAUACACGCAGAAUAUUCUGAUUGCUCAGGGUAAGUACUCAGGAAUAUGAAUGCGCGCGGGCCGAGGGUCGGAGAUAGACGUGCUCGAGAUGACGAUGAACCUGUCCCCAUUCUCAUUCGACCUACUUCGACCUCUUCUUUAAUUCAGUGCGGCUGUCCUGCGAAUGAGAUCUUUUCCAAAAGUCAACAACCAUGUGCAGACGUCAUCAGGACCCGACUUUCCGGCUUACUGACAGGCUUGGCACCGGUAUUGGUUUUCUUUCAGACAUUGAACGACGCACAAACGGCUGCUCAUUGUCACAGUUAGUGAUCGGGUGUGGAUGAUGAUCGAAAAGUCGAACUGGCUAUAAAUAUAUAUGUGUUACGGUGUCCUUAUUGUUGCAACAAAGAUUACUGUUUGGUUUUCACAACCACAUGUCCUUCUCGACGAAC